CAGACCGUGUGUGGAUGAGACCAAAAUAAAAGCGUGUAGAAAUAAAUUAAUUACAGAAUGAAUAACUAUCUAAAGAGACGAUUAUCUCAACUCAGUGGAUAUAUUAAUCAAGCAACAAGACCAGUCAAAAGUGCUGGAUAUAACAGGAUGUCAGUCGUGAGAACGCCUCAAAAUUUAAUUCAUAAAGAUAACAACAUGAAAUUUAAGUCAUUCUAUCGAAAUUCAUCCACGGAAUCUAUGAAAAGAUAUCAAAACUUACUUCCAAAGUCUGUGACAUCAAAUCAAUUAAUUAAAGGUAUAUCCCAUGAAGCAGCUCUAUCAACACCAAAGAAGAGAAUUUCAUUCCGGAAGCGUAGAAGUGAACAUCAUGAACAGCUAGUCCAAAAUGGAUAUUUCAAUAUCACAGCAUUUGCCACAGCUGAAGAGUAUGACCUAGAGAAAUUAUUGAUUGCCCUAAAAGCACAGGAUUUAUAUGAGCCACAAAGAUUCUUCAAUUCUGACGAUUCUGCUGUAAAUGAGCCGGAUGUUCUAUAUGCUGUAGCUAAAUAUCAAGUUGGAAAGGAACCUCGAGACAUAUUCUUCUUUCGUGAAGGAACUGUCAUCAUGUGGAACUUCUCAGACAUGGAAAGUUCAAACAUACUAGCAUUUCUCAAGAACUACGAGCAAGACAGCUACGAAGACAAUAUUGUACUAGACGAGAUGGAGCUCAUGUUCUAUAAUUAUGCUAAAGAGAAUCAGUCAGCAAUAUUAAAGAAUGGAAACUUUUAUGUAUCAAAGACAGAUGAUCACAAUUCCCUUGAAAAGUAUACGUAUUCUAAUGCAUUGUCAUUGUCAGUUAAGUUGGGUAUUUGGGAAGCUACACUUGAUAGAUAUAUCGACUCAAUGGCAUACAUAACUGAAGACUUGAAGCAAGGCAAGAAGAUCCAAAUCACACAUGCUGAAAUGCUCAGAAAAACUGGCGAAUUAUUUGCUCUUCGGCAUUUAAUUAAUUUAAGUUCUGAUCUGCUUGAUACUCCAGACUUUUAUUGGGAUCGUGAACAAUUGGAAAAUUUAUAUUCACAAACAUACAAUCAUUUUAACAUAUCCAAAAGAACAAGAGUUAUGAAUGAGAAGCUAAAUCAUUGUGUGGAACUUGCUGAUCUAGUGACAUCAAAUCUUAAUGACAUCCAUCAUGUACGAUUAGAGAAAAUUAUUAUUUACCUUAUCAUGAUAGAAGUGCUUUUUGAAUUCAUACAUUAUGCUGAAAGAUAUUAUGGAGCCUAAGCUUAGCUUUUUCGUGAUGGACUCAAGGAAUGAUUUUUUGUGAAUAGUAAUUUAGAGGACUUUUGAGGGAGGUCGGACUGGAUCAGUUCUUACCAUUGGAAUUAAUAAAGUAAAAUAUUUUUUAACGGUUCUCAAAAAUUGAAACUUUAACGGUUUUCAAAAUUUUGAAUAUUUUCAUUGCUUUCAAAAUGUUGGCUUUUAAACCGUGGGAUUUAAUUAAACCUUGAGAUUUAUAAUUUAUUGAUCCAAUUCUGUUGGAUCAAUUUUUAUUGGAAUUUCCAGAAACAUUCUCUCCCUCAAGAGUCAGUCGCCUUGACAAUGAAUGAAUGGUGUAUAAAAAUAGAUAUAGACAUGUGAAAAAAUAAAAU